AUAGAAAGUUUGUAUAUUUGUGUAUCUGGUAUCUGGCCGUGUCGGCCAGUGUGUCUCACAUAAGAAGAAUAAGAAGUAUUUGUGUAUCUCAUAACAAAAUAAUGUGUAAAAUGUCAGAUAUAUUUAUAUAAGUUUAAUAUAAUGUUUACUUAAUAAUAGAUUGAAGAAUAACGUUUAACGAAUAACGUAUCACAAUCGAUGAGAAGAGAUUCAAUUUAAAUUUAAAUUUAUUCUCUGACAUAAAAUUGUAAAAUUUUUGUUAUUCUCGGACAUGGCUUUAAAACACGUAGUAGUGGGUGGUGGUACUGGCUUCAUAGGAUCACAGCUGAUAAAAUCCCUGAACCUCGAGGGUGUAUCUUGCACAUGUAUCUCUCGAAUGCCAGGACCGAAUAGAAUAUCAUGGAGCGCUAUGGUCUGCCAGAGAACACAUCAGCCGUUGUCAACAUUGCUGGUCAGAAUGUACUUGAUCCCAUGCAAAGGUGGUCGCCGGGCUUCAAACAGAAUGUCAGGAAUAGCAGGGUGAAAACGACAAAGGCUCUAGCAGAUGCCAUAAAGAAUACCAAGGCUACAGUUUUUGCGACUAUAUCAGGAGUUGCAUAUUACAAGCCCAAUGGCACUAUGUACACAGAAGAAAGCAAAUGCGAGCCAUAUGAUUUUCUCUCAAGACUUACUCACGAUUGGGAGGAAGCGGCAAAAUUAUCAAAAGAUUGCAAUAUUAGACAAGUGACAAUAAGGUCCGGAGUUGUGUUAGGAAGAAACGGUGGCAUGAUCAAGCAAAUUUAUUUACCUUUCUUUCUUGGUCUGGGUGGACCAAUAGGAACUGGAAAUCAAUAUAUGCCCUGGAUACAUAUCAGUGACUUAGUUAACAUGUUUAUAUUUGCACUGAAAAAUAGUAAAGUGCAUGGUAUAUUAAAUGGAGUUGCGCCUCAGCUUAUAACAAAUAAAGAAUUUACAAAAGCAUUUGCAAUAGCAAUGAAAAGACCCGCAGCCAUACCUGUACCAAGUUUUGUUCUGCAGAUAUUAUUCAGUGAAGAUCGAGCAAAAAUCAUGUUGGAAGGACAGAAAGUUAUGCCAAAACGUGUUACAGAGAUAGGAUUUCUAUAUCAAUAUCCGAAUAUCGAAAAUGCAUGUAAGCAACUUGUUGAAUGAACUACAUAUAUUUUGUACAAAAUGUAAGUUAUGAUGAAAGACUAAAUGCCAAAUAUGCAUUACCUAAUUAAUUAUUUUAAAGCUAUUAUAAUAAUGGAAUGUAUAAUAUAUGUUGUUCUCAAAUUGUGUUAGUAACUCGUGAUGAAACAUCAGUUUCAUAGUUCUCAAGUUUUAAGAUAUCCUCUUUAUAGUUUACAACAUGCGUUAUUGUUAUUUAGUAAUAAAUUAUUUAUUGCAGCACAAAGAAUAAA